CAAAUUGAAGUUGUCUGCCUUGGUUCUUCACGUAACACACACUCCUUGCCGUUAAGUCAGGUACUGGAGAGACUGUCAUCACACUGACACUGAUGGAAACGGAAAUGGAAGCCGUUGAAAAUGGGAACGACGCGACCGUUACCGAGAGCAACGUCCCAGUGGCCAUAGACGGCGGCGAAGCAGCUGAAGGAGGAGGCGAUGGGGGAAGCCGUGGCGAUUCGGCGAUCGGAGGGCGAAAGCGGAAGGAGCGAGUGAAGGGGCCGUGGUCGCCUGAGGAAGAUGUGAUACUGAGUGAACUGGUGAGCAAGUUCGGGGCGAGGAAUUGGAGCUUGAUUGCCCGAGGAAUCGCCGGUCGUUCUGGCAAGUCGUGUCGGCUUCGUUGGUGUAAUCAGCUUGACCCUGCCGUUAAGCGCAAGCCGUUUACUGAUGAGGAGGAUCAGAUGAUAAUUUCGGCACAUGCAGUACAUGGGAACAAAUGGGCAGUGAUCGCAAGGCUUCUACCUGGAAGAACAGACAAUGCUAUUAAAAAUCACUGGAAUUCGACAUUGCGGCGUCGGUGCAUGGAGCUUGGUAGAAUAAAAUCAGAAUCUGAACAUAUGGCGGAAGAUGCUAGCUUGGACAAGACCAAGGCAUCAUCUGAAGAAACUCUGUCUUGUGCUGAGGACAGUUCAUUCAGAUCUAUGGAAGGAAAAGAUGUAAGCUCUUUGGAAAAGUUAGAUACUCAAUUAAAGGGCAAAUCACUGACAGGGAUUCAAUCUAGUCAUGAAUCAAUUGAACCACCUACUCUUUUCCGUCCUGUAGCACGUGUGAGUGCUUUUAAUGUUUAUAAUCAUGUGGAUAGACCAGAAUUUGUUUUGCCGUGUUCAAGGCCUGUUCUAAUGCAAGGACCUCUAAUUCAAACAUCAAAGCCAGAUGUUGGGAUCUGCAAAUUGCAUGAAGGAGUUUACAAGGAAGGUAUAGUGCCUCUACAAUGUGGUCAUGGCUGUUGUGGGACUCAGAAUGUUAGAAAUGGAAACAGUAACUCUUUGCUGGGGCCAGAAUUUGUGGAAUUCUCAGAACCCCCAUCUUUUCCAAAUUAUGAAUUGGCUGCAAUAGCCUCUGAUAUAAGUAACCUUGCUUGGCUGAAAAGUGGAUUAGAAAAUAACAGUGUCAGACCAAUGGAUGAUGCAGCUGGUGGUACAACUUCUCAUAGAUCUCAAGUGUGCACGGGACAUUUUGAAAAGACCAGAAUGAGUGAUCAUUUCCAUAUUGAAGAGAGAAACAAGAAGUUGAUGGGCAGAAUGACCAACCUGCUGUCAACAUAGAAUCGGAGGCAAUGGUACUUCCAGGUUGAGACAUCGCCUUGACCUUGGUAUGUAUUAAUGUCUAGCGGUGGUCAGAAAAAUGAUCAAGAGUGGUAGUCGAGGCUUUACAAUAGCUCUGAAUUAGCUUGGGGUUGAUGCAGGAAUGAGAUCCUGGUUUCUUCUGUGUUUGAAGUAAACGCCAUAUGGUACUGAACUACAAGAAAGGCUUGAUUGUUUCAUGGUCAUUGCAAUGCUUGAUCUAUAUGCUUAAAUGGUCAGUGGUUGACAAAUUUGAUACUGGGGAGCUUGUUUACAUUUUCAUUUUACAAAAACCAAAAUAACCUGUUAACAUCCCUGUACCAGCUUGAAUUGAUGACAAAGUUUGGAAGCAUUGAUUUACAUUCUGAUUACUACUCUUCAUCUUUUUUGUUGUGUAUGUAUUUGUUCUCGUUUGUAUUGAAGUUUUCACUAACUUUGUUGGGCUUAAGAAUGUCUUCCCCAGUAUCCAAAUUGACUGAUUUGAGGGAUGAUUUUAACAAUACAGAGCACUAGCAUUUGCCUGUAAGGGAGAAAUAUCUUGUUACACUCAUGAUUGGCUGAAUAGCUAGUGGGAAAGGUAUGGCCUAUGGUAGAACGUAGACUAGUAGCGACAGUUAAAGAGAACAUGGGAUAAGAAGUUGCUACCUGGAUGAAUUGCUCUUGUAAGUGUGGGGAAGUCUUGUGAGGGAGUAGUGGAGUUUCCAGUUGAGGUAUGGCUUCCACUACUCGUGGGUCUUGAUUUUGUUGCUGUUGGUACCCCUGUAAGGAAUGCUUCAUUCCUGGUAAUUUAUGAAAGUUCAUCUUUGCCUUUCAAAAAAAAAAAAAAUUGCUCGUGUUUAGUGCUUGAAUGGCAUUGAUGCCAAAGAGUAACGUGGAUAAAAAGCGUAAAGUA